UAAAGGAAAACAGAUGGUGAUCCCCCCAAAACCACCUGAAAGAUUCUUUCCAGUGGGGUCAGCUGUUUUGGAUUUUCCAUAUGGAAACAUCAACCCUGUAACCAACCUUCUUGUCAAAGAAGAAAUUAUAUUCAUGAUGUACUACGCACCAUGGUGUUCAAAAUCCAAAGAAAUUCGAACGGAAUUUGCUAUAGCAGCCAAGUAUUUUCAAAAUAGGGUGCGCUUUGUUGCUGUCAACUGCUGGUGGCCAAAUGGAGAAUGCAGGUCGAGUUACAAGCUGAUCAGCUAUCCAGAGUUAUUCAUUUACCAUACAAAUCUAGAUGGAUUCAAGUUUACAGGGAUACCAACAGCAGCUUAUAUGAUUAAAUACACAGAAGAUAUCCUAUACCCAUUGAAGAUACUACACACACGAGAACAAAUAAAGGAGUUUAACUCGAGAUACGAUAAUGUGAUGAUAGGAUUCUUUGACUUCCAUGCCUCCCCUCAGCCACUCGGUUACCGCCAGUUUUAUAUCACUGCUAUGAGGCUGCUUGAAGAAGACUUUAGUCAGCCAGUCCGCACAGCCAUUAUCACACAGCCAAACCUUGCAAGUCUUCUUGGUUUACACAACACCAAAAGUUUGAUUUUGCACCGACUGACAAAUACCACCUUGAUUUAUCCUCAAAACAACAACUUCACAGAUGAAGACAUAACACAAUGGAUCAGACUUCACAAACAGCAGCCUGUUGUAAAGUGGUUAUCUCCCCCUGGUCACAAGACGCAGCAUUUAUCUACAGCAAUAAACAGAGGAUCAGCUGUGUUAGUGUUCAUCCCAAUCAACCAGCUACACACAUAUAAUUACUAUUACAACAUGGUCCGUGAAGUUGCUUUACACUACUUGAAUUGUAAUAACAGUCUUUUCCUACAUGAUGCCGUUGAGCUAAGUAUAAGACAACGGUCAGCAAGUUUGGAGGGACACCUACAACAGACAGACCAAUGUCGACACAAACAAGUGUAUAAAAGCAUGUUGUACAUGCCUCCAAGUCAUGACAAAAACUGCUGUGUUUCCUUGGUGACUAGUCAUAGUAAAGAAUAUAGUGGGGAGGACUCUCAAACUGUGUGCGAGUACUGUAAACAUGUGAAAACCACCCCUUCCCUGGAGGAGAGGUCACACCUGUGUAUGAUAGACACACCCACAAGUCUUUCAGCUGGAGUUAUGCUCAGUGGUCUUGCUCAUACUCCACCCCAGUGUCUAAAUACUGCUCAAGACUAUAACACAAAUGAAUACCGGACGUUAUGUUGUAAGGAGUGUAGCUAUAAUAUGCUGUCAGAUGAUAAGUGUUCUUCUAGAAAAACGACUGACCCUUUUAUAGCCAAAAGUAAUUCUAUUUUUCAAAAUCUCCUAUGCAGAAAUCUAAAAUUGCAGGAGGAACAGAAUUUGACAUCACCAUUUGAUUUUAUCAAGGAUUUUGACCGCCUUGGUAUAGAGGAGGUGAUUGGAUUACACUGCAGGAGUAACAGAACCCUGAACUUACAUGUAAUGGACAUAAAGCAUCAUUCUGUGUUUCUAGAAAGAUUGGUACCUGGCUACCCCAUUGAUAUCAACACACCAGCAGCAGUAAUCGUGGAUAAAAAGAAUGAAGCACAAUUUGUUCUUGGGGAAACAUUCAACAAGAAAAAUUUAGCCCAGUUUAUAAUAAAUUAUACCUCCAGUGACCUAAACAGACAUCUGCGGUCAGGAACUCUUCAGGAUCCGUGUUACGGGGAGAAUGCUGGUGUCUGUAUCAGGGAAACAACAUUCAAUACAUUCCAAGACAUCAUUCUACAGCAAGACAAGGAUGUGCUUGUUUUGCUGUAUGCCCCUUGGUGUGGCUUCUGUGCAGGCUUUGCUCAUCUGUACAUUAAUCUAGCAAAGUAUUUCAAAACUGCACAGAACCUGAUAUUUGCAAGGAUCAAUGCUGAUACCAAUGAUUUACCGUGGGAGUACACAGUCAGUAGCUAUCCAACUCUCCUCUUCUUCCCUGCCCAUAGGAAAUCAGACAGCGUUGUGUUUCCAGCUUCCAUACCAAAGACUCUUCCUAACCUGAUAAAGUUUGUGCUGCACCACUCCACCCAUGACCUGCGUCUGGACACAGCAGCAGACAUCUGCUCCAACUCGUGUAUUGACCACAACAGAGUGGUUGUAGCAGCAACAAUAGAGACUCUUAGAAUGCGGAGUCAUCAGUAUACAAGGCGGCUACGCAGACUCAUGUCACGUCUGGCCUCCCUCAACAAUACUCCAUCUCCCAACCAUCACUUAACUAAAAUGUCCAAACAUUCGCCAGAAAAAUCUUCCUCUGACAGAUUGGUCCAAGAUCCUCCAGAUGAUGACCUUGUGUUACAUAGAAGACACAAGGUCCAUUCAUCUAUAGCAUAUGUACAGAGGCAGAUACAUAAAAUGGAGAAACGAGUGAAAGAUGCCAUGCAUUUACACAAAUAUUUAUUAAGUCAUAAAAAAUUUACAUCAGGAAAAGAACAGUUAUUUAAGUAUUUUUCUCCUGAAAUUAAAGACACAAAGUCAAAGACAAAAAGCUAAUGAUGGAUGUUGUUGACAAGUUUACAUAUAUUUACACAUUACCUUCAUUACUUAAUAUAUGCAAAAGCAGAUUUACAAAAAUGUAUUCAUUUUCUUUACGUUACCCAAUGUGUACAUUUCAAGCUUUAGGUUUUUGUCAAAAAAAAUUGGUGACAUUUUCCUUUGUGGGCCAUUCUUUGUUUGGAUGUUAUCUUACAGAAAAUGAUUGCAUCUAUAGCAAACUUUACUCACGGUUAUUUAUUAUUUUGUUGCCACCCUUUGACAAUUUGAUUUUAUAGAUGACCAAUCAGUUAGCCAAACAGAUGUACCUACAGGUUAUCAUGUUAUCAUAAUUUCUGUAUGAACAUGAAAACUUCAGGGAUGAGAUUCAGACAAGCUUGUGGUUUUUGUCUCGCCGCCACAAGUGGAAGGGAGACAUCCGGCGACGGCGGCGGCGGCGUCAACAUUAGGUUUUUGUGUUUAAGUUAGUUUCUCUAAAAUUAUAAGUGCUACACUAACCAAACUUGGACCAUAGAUGCAUCUUAGGUAAUAACAUCUCAACCCAUGCAUCAAAUGCUGGAUGCAACCUAUCUUUCAACAUUAAGUUUUUGCUUGUAACUUUGUUACUCUGAUAUGUUCAUUGAUGGUCAAAGCAGGGCACAGGCGAGACAUAUCAAUCCGAAUAGCUUGUAUAAAUCCUUCAUUGCUAGUAAUGUGACAACCAAUGGAACAAAAUGAAUACUGAAUUUUUUUUUUUUAGAAUCUGUUUUGUUAAUGUUUUACAAUAUCAACUUCAUAAUGACUUAAUUUAUUCCUGGUAAUAUAUAAGGCACAGACAAUAAAACCUUUGAUUUAGUUACAAUGAUGUAUUGUUAAGGCCCUCCUCAACAUGUUAUGACUGUGAAUUGUGCCAAGAUGAGUUGUCGGCUGGCAGAUUUAAUUGUAAUGUGAUCAUUUAAGUGAUUAUUUCUCCCGUAUCUCAUCUAAAUAUUCACUCAGUCAUACUCCUGGGGCUUUCUACAUGUCCUCCUUAUAAUUUGAUUUUGGAAUGAUUUGCCUAAAUGGUUUUAAAUGUAUCUCGUGCUAUUAUAGCUUGCUUUACACGUGUGAUUUGUAGCAUUCCAAGAUUUACACCCAGAGUGUAGCUUUUGUUUGAAUGUUAUAUGUGUCACUCAUACAAAUCUGUGGAUUUGUUAGUGAUUUCAUUUUUGAAAAUCCAAUGUUGUAAAACAAUACCUUGUGAGCCUUUUAUGAAAAAAAAGGUUAAGAUGAGAUAUGAUAAAAAAGGAUAAAAAUAAAUCAACAAUAGUGUUUUCAGUUAAAAAUUCAGUAAUGCAUGACCAGGAUUCAAACGGUGGAGCUCAGAUUGUUAUACUGUCACUUCAACUUACUGAGCUACCUGGUCAAUGGCAGUGCCUUGUCCCAAUGGCUCUACAGUUAUAGGGAGCUCAGAUUGUUAUACUGUCACUUCAACUUACUGAGCUACCUGGUCAAUGGCACUGCCUUGUCCCAAGGGCUCUACAGUUAUAGGGAGCUCAUAUUGUUAUACUGUCACUUCAACUUACUGAGCUACCUGGUCAAUGGCAGUGCCUUGUCCCAAUGGCUCUACAGUUAUAGGGAGCUCAGAUUGUUAUAUUGUCACUUCAACUUACUGAGCUACCUGGUCAAUGGCAGUGCUUUGUCCCAAUGGCUCUACAGUUAUAGUCAAAACAAACUUAAGGGGAGGUAACCGUACAUAUAAAGAACAACAGGGGUAAUGUCUAGUGGUUUGCCUGCUGUGGCACAGGGAUCCUUAAGCUUGGGUAACAUUGUGUCCUUAAAACCCUUACUUUGCUGUAGUCUAAACAAAAAAUGCAACAACAUGUUAACCUGCAACAAAACUGAUCCUGGCGACGUCAUAGCUUAAACUGAGAGUCACAUGAUCUAACAAAAAGACCUUACAGAAUACCUCCAUUUUUACCCUUUUUUAUAUGUUCAAUGAUGUCUUCAAAACUUUACCAGGCUGCCAAAAAUGCUGCAUAUUGUGGAUCAUUGAAUAUUAAAAUUUGAUUCUUAAAGCAGAAUAUGUAAUACUGUAUAAUGGUACUGGUAUUACUGUAGUUAUUUAAAAGUUGUAGAGAAUAAUCUAUGGAAAGAUUUUUUUGUGUGGCGGGUGUUAAAUAUCAAUUGUUUGAGCUGUUCAUUUUCUUAUGGUGCUUACAUUCUAAAAAUCAAAUCCUGAAUAUUUUAUUGUGAAUAACAAUUAGGUUGUGGUCAUGUUACAACAGUGUUCUGUGUACCAUGGUACCGGGGUCAAAUAUUACUAGUCAAUAUGCAAAUCAUUUGUGCAAUGAUGGAAAGACAAAAUUGGAGAAAAAAAACAAAAAAAACUUCUCAUGUAACUUGAAUUGCUUGUUUAAAAAUUAACAUGUACAGUUAAGUUUGUUACCCUACCUUCUGAUUAAGACAGAUAACAUCACUAGCUUAUGUGUGUUAUCCAAGAUUAGUCUUAUCUAACAAACCUGUGUGGUUGAACAGUCUUUGUUAUAUUGAUAAACAGAUAAACUUGUUAUUUCCUAUAAUAUCUGAAUUAGGUUAUAACAAAAACGGUGAAGGUCAUAUUCAAGUUACCAUAUGUCAAUACUGUAGCAAGUCUUACUUACAUUGAGUCUUCUGAUUAACCGAGUAUUAGUGACAGUGUGUGAAUACCUCUAUACUAUUUUUUGUCUAUAUUAAUAUAUUCAUUAUGUUUAAAAUUAAUAUUGUUUUUUUAUGUGAAUCUAUAGACUAUUUUGUCCAAGAUCAUGUAAAUAAUUUCACAGUUAAUUUUAACGUCCAUGUUGAUUUAAAUUCAGUUAAAAUAUUAGAAAAUGCUGAAAAGAUUAUUCAAUCAUAUUUUCCCGUUGGGGAUAGAUAAAGCUACAUAUUUGGAGUUACAUGACUGGUUCUGUUCCCCUCCACUCUCACACCAUCAGUCACAUGUCCCCUCCACUCUCACACCAUCAGUCACAUGUCCCUCCACUUUCACACCAUCAGUCACAUGUCUUCCCCACUCUCACACCAUCAGUCACAUGUCCCUCCACUCUCACAUCAUCAGUCACAUGUCCCCUCCACUUUCACGACAUUUGUCACAUGUCCCCUCCACUCUCACACCAUCAGUCACAUGUGCCCUCCACUUUCACGCCAUCAGUCACAUGUCCCCUCCACUCUCAAGCCCUCAGUAACAUGUCCCCUCCAUUCUCACGCCAUCAGUCACAUGUGCCCUCCACUCUCACACCAUCGGUCACAUAUGCCCUCCACUCUCACGCCAUCAGUCACAUGUGCCCUCCACUCUCAUGCCAUCAGUCACAUGUGCCCUCCACUCUCACGCCAUCAGUCACAUGUGCCCUCCACUUUCACACCAUCAGUCACAUGACUGGUAUAGUUUUGUUGUCCCUUCUCUAUAUAAGCAGGCCUCUUUUGUAUAAUUUUUAUUCUGAUGUCAUGGUUUUGAGGAGGAGCACUCUGCCUAAUCUUGAGGGGUGUUGGUACACAAAGUAUGCUUCAUCCAUUAACUUCAUUAGUGCUUGAUUGUAGGGUAGUAUAUUGUUAAUCACUUUAUUUGACUCACUAUGUCUUUAGGUUUUAAUUGUAAAUACCAGAAAUGAAAAAUUAAUCUAUGUCAAAAAAUAGUGACUCAAAACUGCUGAGAAGCUAUAUCCAUUUGUCUAAUGUGAGACUUAAUACUUUUGAUGUCUUUCUUUUGUAGGUUGUUGAGUGGCGUGUCAUAUAAAAAAAUAUAUAUAUAAAUUGCAAUAGUUUGUCACCAAGUAGUUCAAGUUUUGUUUCUAAAAUGUUUAAUCAUCAGUAGUGAGUUUAUUUAUUAAAUUUAUUUGGAUAACUUGCAAACUAAAAAUGCAUUUAUUCAAGAAUAUCAAAUACAAUUAUGGUAUAUUGAUCAUAAAUUCUGUUAAACAAGCAUAAAGUUGUACAUCAUCAUCAUCUGUCAUCUGUAGUAAAUAUAUUUAUGCAAUACUUAAAAAAAAUCUUCAUUCCAAUAGUCCUAAUUGUUUGUUACAUUUUAAUGAAUAGGUUGUAUAAAAAGGGUGUUUUUCAUUCUUAAUUCCAUUUUUUUUUUAUUAUAGGUAUGAUUAAACUGUUUCUGUUAUAAAUGCCAGGUGCCUGACGAUUACAGAGAUGUGUUUCUGUUGGAACACAUAAUUAUAUGUAAUCUCAUACUGUGUUCAGAAAUCUAUGGGUGUUUGAUGAAUCAGUAAACAUAAUGUAAGGAUGUGGUCAGCUUGUUUAUAUCCAACCUGAUAUGAUACAAUAAAUGUUAUGAAUUUCAAAAUGUGGAUAUUUAAUAAAAUAAACAUGUAAAUCAAGAGAGAAGUAUCUGAGUGUUAGUGUUUGCUGUGGGGCGACUGUGUGAGUGUUUGAUGUGGGGAGACUGAGUGAAUGUUUAAUGUGGGGAGACUGUGUGAGUGUUUGAUGUGGGGAGACUGUGUGAGUGUUUGAUGUGGGGAGACUGUGUGAGUAUUUGAUUUGGGGAGACUGUGUGAGUGUUUGAUGUGGGGAGACUGUGUGAGUGUUUGGUGUGGGGAGACUGUGUGAGUGUUUGUAUUAUUUAUUGAGGUUAUCUUUAUGACAGUUGGUAUUGUAUAUGUGUUAAAGGGUUGUGAUUGAAUGUGGGAAGUUUCUUUGUGCUGGUAUUGUAUGUGGGGAGUAUCUAAGUGGUGGUAUUGUAUGUGGGGAGUAUCUAAGUGCUGGUAUUGUAUGUGGGGAAUAUCUGAGUAUUGGUAUUGUAUGUGGGGAGUAUCUAAGUGUUGGUAUUGUAUGUGGGGAGUAUCUGAGUGCUGGUAUUAUAUGUUGAGAGUAUCUGAGUGUUGGUAUUGUAUGUGGGGAAUAUCUGAGUAUUGGUAUUGUAUGUGGGGAGUAUCUGAGUGUUGGUUUUGUAUGUCGAGAGUAUCUGAGUGUUGGUUUUGUAAGUGGGGAGUAUCUGAGUGUUGGUAUUGUAUGUUGAGAGUAUCUAAGUGCGUGUAAUGAAUGUCAAGAAUAAGUUUAUUGUUUGGAAUAUCUGUCGAUGCAGGCUUUUGUAUUGUGUGUUUUAUUGGGAGAACCUGCACUUAAAUCUAUGCACCGAUUCCUUAUAACCCACAUAUUUAAAUUAUGAAUCGUGUUUGGUCUCAAUCUGUGAUAUCAUUACAGAAAUAUUUGUGUAACUUAAACUACCCCUGAGCUAAUUUUGUAAAACCACACGAUUCCUCUUUUGGUUAUUUAUAUCAAACUAAUAAAGUUAAUCAAUUUAAUUUG